AUGGAGGGAAUCGAAAGCAGCGGCAAAGUCAACAAGCCGGUGCUUCGCGUUUCUCCAGCCGUCAGCAAUAACGUCAAGCUCGUAUGGACACAUGAUUACGCAACCUACUCCUAUUUCUACUAUGCAGUAUACCUUGCUAGGAAACGCAGCACCCGUGAACUCUGUGAAGCUCUUCGGCGGCACUCCUUCCAGUCCGCAAGCGUAACCAAGCAAAAGAUAAUCGAAAAGUUGGCUUCGACUGCGGCCUCGACUAAUACCACGGAUGACGCUGACUUGGUCAUAGAAAAUACGCUUCCGGUCCAACUCCUAUGCCCCCUCUCCAAGUGCCGAAUCGAUCUCCCAGUUAGGGGUCAAAAUUGCCAACACAUUCAGUGCUACGAUGCCAAUACCUACCUUCUCAUCAAUGAACGGAAACCCGCAUGGAGGUGUCCUGUCUGUGACGUACCGGCACCCUUCCAUGAGCUCCUGGUCGAUGGGCUCAUGUUGGAGAUAUUGGCUGACACUAUGGCCGAAAAUCUGGAGGAAAUUAUCUUUAAGGAGGACAGCUCGUGGUCGCCCGUUGGGAAGUUCGGCUCCCCCUCGAACGCACAACACGCAACUGGCGCCACCUCCGCCUCCUGGGCAGACAAGAACCCCCCUUUUCCCAAACUACAACCCCCACCCCUGUCCUGUUCGACCUGUCCUCCGGAGUUGCCCACAUCCUCGCAGAGAUUCUUUCAACCCUCGGAGGAUGCA